AAUCGUCAGUACAGCUCUGAGUUUCUGUGUCAGCUGCGAUACUGUCCGGCGGCGUGUGUGCGGCCCGCUGAUCUGGAGCUCAUACCAGGAGUCACUGACAGUACACCAGACCCAGAAGACAUGGACACGUUCAGUUCAAGGUUUGGACACACAUUGCAUCACGCGCUGAGCCUGAGGUCAGCGUACAGUCCUGUCCAGCCGGACACGCAGACGUCUGUGGUCAGCUCUCUGAACUCAGAGGGAGGAGCGAUGCUCGACUACAUCUUCUACUCCAGCCGCAGGACUGAAGGUUCAGGGAGCGGUUGUGUGAGAGUGAUGUCCUGCUGUGUGUUGUCAGAGAGCGCUGCUGGACUGAAGCUGCUGGGUCGUCUGUGUCUGCUGUCGGAGGCUGACCUCUGGUCUCUGCGAGGACUUCCGAACGAAACCUUUCCCUCUGAUCAUCUCAGUCUGAUCGUCAAGCUCCAGCUUCCUCCUGUCUGACCCCAACUUCUGACAGAUGGAAGGAUUGCUCGUCUUUAUCAUUUUCAUUGUCUUACAAUUGGAUUGUGAAAGAAACAAAACCAAUAUUUUGGUCAGGUGAAUAUUUAGUUUUCUGUUCAGUAACAGAACGAGUGUUUGUGACGUAUUCUCCGGCGUGACGUUUGAUGCACCGUUUAUGAGUGACAUGUUCAAGAUAAUGUAAUCAGAAUGUUAUUAUUAGUUUUCAGUUUCUUUUCUUUUGGUUUUGAUUUGGUUUAUAUUUUGAACGGAGCUAAAUAAAUAACUACAUGCAUUGCUGUCGUUUUUGC